AUGGUUGGUGACGAUGUGAGGCUCAGUGGAGAUGUUUGUGGAUUCGCUGCGUCGAUGGUGCAUUGCAGAGUCUGUGCGUAUUGUAGGUGGUUGAGAACUCUCAGUGCUUGA